GCUGUCUCCUGCUCAGCAAUUUGACCCACUUUAUACUCCACUGCACUUGGAGAGAGACCUACAGGACCAGCAGAAGCCAGAGAUGCGUGACACAUGCAGUGUUUUACAGUUUCACUCAGUGCAAGUCUGACCAAACCACAAAGCAGAGCAAAAGGAACGGUUCCCCCGAAGAAUGAGAGCUGAUGUUAGUAUGGAGGCCACCACGUGCAAACGGACACCAUGCCUUGACAGUGGUACACCUCCUGAGGGCAAUGUUCGCCGCAGUUUUGUAAGCUUACCUGCUCUUAACCCAGAGAGACUGAGGACAGCCAAAGCUCUUGUGGACAAAGCUGUUAAGAUGCAUAAGGUGUUUUCUGUCCAGGGCCCUUACCCUGUCAUAAGGGCAGCAUUGAAGGCCAGAGGCUGGGUUGAGCAGCGCAUGCACCACCCAAACCACCAUGCUUACCAGCGUCACAGCAAGGAGGACAGAGCCAGCUCCAAUGAUGCUGGUGACAGCGAUGACGAUGACGAUAACUCAGACAAUGUCGAGAAAGAGGAUGAUCCAGAUGGACUGUAUGAUCUCAUGUCUCGCCUGGUGCGGAAUGAAAUGGUUUAUUUCUACUGGACGAACCGUAGAGACGCCAUCGACACCAACAGCCUGCAAAAAGAACAGAUUACCAAUCAUUUUGCAAAAGCAGGCAGCUUCACCACCAAGGCGGGAUUGUGUGUGAACCUGAAGAACCUGCACUGGUUUGAUUCAGCUGACCCAGACACCUUCUUCCCUCGCUGUUACAGACUAGGAGCGCAGGAUGAGAAGCAUGCUUUCAUUGAGGACUACAGGAGGACAGCCUGCACCAGUUUAUUGAAGUACAUUGUGGAGAGGGAGCAGGGUGUUCAGGGAGAAGGAACGAGCCACAACCCUCAGGCUGUGAGGAAACGAAGCAAACGCCAAUCCAGACCAGUCAUCCUUUCCCAAAUGAUUGACAGCGCACUCAAAGUAUGCCAGGAGUUUUUAGACAGUCUGGAGCAUAGGGACAUAGACAUAAGCAUGGAGACGCCACAGACUCUUACAAAGGAGGAGUGGGCCGAGUUUAUCGACAGUUACUACCUUGUUGUUCAUGACGGAGCAAAGAUCGAGAACAGCGAUCAUUAUGUGACUUUCUGCAAAGCCAUGCUAGAGAAGCUGGCGGAGGUCUGUCCACAGCUGGACAUAGACGGCAUACACAACAUCUGGAUCAUUAAACCUGGAGCUAAGUCCAGGGGCAGAGGUAUCAAAUGUGCCAAGCGCCUGGAUCAGAUCCUCAGUGUGGUGGAAGGUGAUCCAACCCUUAUCAAGGAAAGCAAGUGGGUGGUGCAGAAGUACCUGGAGCGGCCUUUGCUGGUCCAUGGCACCAAAUUUGACGUGCGCCAGUGGUUCUUGGUCACGGAAUGGAACCCUCUGACUGUGUGGUUCUAUAAAAAGUGCUACUUGCGCUUCUCUACGCAGCCUUACUCCCUUCAUACACUGGACAGCUCUGUGCACCUGUGCAACAACUCCAUCCAGAAGCACCUGAGACCCUCCCAACAGCGCCAUCGUAGUAUCCCAGAAGACAACAUGUGGUCAGAUGACCAGUUCAGGACUUUUUUGUCCAGCCAGGGCCAGGAGGCUCAGUGGCAAGCAGUGGUAGUCCCGGGGAUGAAGAAGGGUGUGAUCCACGCAUUACAGACCACACAGGAUCUGAUGAAGUCACGCAAAAACACAUUUGAGCUCUAUGGUGCUGACUUCAUGUUAGGUCAGGACCUGCGUCCAUGGCUGAUAGAAGUCAAUGUCAGUCCCACUAUGGCUCCCUCCACCCCUGUGACAGCCCGCCUCUGUACCGCUGUGCAGGAGGACACAUUACGAGUCGUCCUGGACCGGAGAGCAGACCGCACUGCAAACACUGGAGACUUUCAGCUCAUAUAUAAGCAGGCAGCAGUAGAAGUGCCAAAGUAUGUGGGAAUCAACCUACUUGUUGAGGGCUACAAGAUGAAGUGCCCCUGCCCACUUCCUCCACUGAGGUCCUCUAACCGCUCAUCACCGAAACGCCGCGGCCCCGUCAAGGAGAAGGAACCUGCAGCAGAAAAAAUAAAGCCUCUGCCUAAGAUGUUGUUGAAGAAUGCAGAGACUCAGAAAAACACCAGCAGCAGAGUUCCACCACCUCCUCCUCUUCCUCCUGAGCUGCCUGUGCCUGUCCAUAUUGAAACCGUAACACUUCACAUGCCAGUGACUAUGAAGUCCAUCCACCAGCCCGUCAGUGCCCAGUCUCACAAUGUACUUUUCUGGAAGAGGAGAUCAGAAGUAUCAAAGGUCUGCUCAGAGAAAGUCCAACCCUCUGCCACAGAGAAGCAGCAAGGUCCUUCUUUGUCUCUGGAGAUCACUGUUUUAAAACAGUCCAGACAGGCUGCCGCCAGCACCUUGAGUGCCUAAAAAACUUUCAAAAGAAGGUUUGC